CUAUUGUAAACUCUGUUUUAUUUAUAAAUGAUAUAUUACAAUAUAAUCUAAUUCAGCUUUCUCUUUCAAUUCCCUUCUCACAGUAUACUAUCGGGAUGCAUGUAUCUCGACCUAUCACUUUUACAAUAUAAAAUUAAAGAUAUAUUUUAGUUAUAUUUAUGAUUUUCAAAGAGCUCUUUGUGAAGAUUCUAAGCUUAUUGAAGAGUGGUUUCGAUUGGUAUCGAAUAUGUGGAUGAAAUAUAAUAUUGUUGAUUCCGAUUUCUACAACUUCGAUGAAACUGGCUUUAUGAUGGGUAUAAUAUACCUUGGAAUGGUUGUAACUAAUGCUGAACGAAAUGGCAGAAGCAAGGUAAUACAACCAGGCAAUCGAGAGUGGGCUACGGCAAUUAUAAAUUGAGGAGUUUAUCAAGGCACAUAUCAAUCAUAUCAUUAAAGUUGAAUUCUUUAUAGCUUUCAAAGCUGUAUAUCAACAAUCAAUCACCUCUCAGAAUAUGAAAGCUGAUUUUCGAAGAAUAGGUCUAAUACUAUUUGACCUUCAAACUAUACUCUCAAAAUUAGAUAUUCGAAUUUAUAUACCUACUUUCCC